CCACCCACCUCUUGUCUUUCUAGCGCAGGAGGGUCUUUUUGUGAAAAGUGCUUUCUUUGCCUGCACAUUUCUUCAAAAGUCAGCAUCAGUUGUUCUGAAUAUGGCUUAUCAAAGAGCAGCAUUUAGGUCAGCUAGGUUUCUUAGAAGCAUAUCAGUAACAUUUAGAGCUCAUGGAAUUACCUGUUCUGAGUAUAACAAGGAAUGCGUCAGCUGCUGGUUUUCUACCUCCCACUCCAGAAGCGUAUGUUUUUAUGGCAGCCCUACAGAAGCAGUCAGAGACAUUCCAGAUGGCUCCACUUUACUGGUUGGAGGCUUUGGUUUGUGUGGGAUACCAGAGAAUCUCAUCAACGGCCUAUUGAAAACAGGAGUGAAACAGCUCACAGCUGUCAGCAACAAUGCUGGAGUGGAUAACUUUGGCCUGGGCCUGCUGCUAAAGACCAAACAAAUCAAGCGGAUGAUCUCUUCAUAUGUGGGAGAGAACAUGGAGUUUGAGAGGCAGUACCUAUCUGGAGAACUGGAGGUGGAGCUUACCCCUCAGGGCACACUAGCAGAGAGGAUCAGGGCAGGUGGUGCAGGUAUCCCAGCUUUCUUUACCCCUACGGGGUAUGGCACGCUCAUUCAGGAGGGUGGUUCACCCAUCAAAUACAACAAAGAUGGCAGCGUAGCUAUCUCCAGUAAGAAAAGACAGGUUCAAGAGUUCGAUGGAAGGCACUAUGUCAUGGAAAAAGCCAUCACAGGAGACUUUGCACUUAUAAAGGCCUGGAAAUGUGACAAAGCAGGGAAUCUUGUAUUUAGGAAAUCAGCACGGAACUUCAAUCAGCCCAUGUGUAAGGCAGCUAAAGUAACAAUAGUGGAGGUGGAAGAGAUUGUAGAUAUUGGAAGCUUUGCUGCAGAGGACAUUCAUGUGCCAAGUAUUUAUGUAGACCGCCUGGUGAAAGGGACCAAAUAUGAGAAGAGAAUAGAGAAAAGGAUAGUUCGGUCCUCCCAGGCAGACAAUCCAGUAGUCAAGGAUUCAGAUAAAACCAGAGAGAGAAUUAUUCGACGAGCAGCUCUGGAGUUCAGAGAUGGGAUGUAUGCUAACCUCGGUAUUGGGAUUCCCAUGUUGGCCAGCAAUUACAUAAGCCCUGAAAUCACUGUCAGUCUACAGAGUGAAAAUGGCAUUUUAGGACUGGGUCCUUAUCCUACAGAAAGUGAGGUGGAUCCUGAACUCAUUAAUGCAGGAAAAGAGACGGUCACUGUUUAUCCAGGGGCUGCAUAUUUUUCCAGUGAUGAAUCAUUUGCCAUGAUCAGGGGUGGUCACGUUGACCUCUCCAUGCUUGGGGCGAUGCAAGUUUCUAAAUAUGGAGAUCUGGCCAACUGGAUGAUCCCAGGUAAGAUGGUGAAGGGCAUGGGUGGAGCAAUGGACCUGGUCUCCAGUGCUGGGACCAAAGUAGUAGUCACCAUGGAACACUCAGCCAAGGGUGGAAAACACAAAAUCCUAGAGAAGUGCACGCUGCCUCUGACUGGGAAGCAAUGUGUUGAUCGCAUUAUCACUGAAAAGGCAGUAUUUGACGUUGACAAGGCCAAAGGACUGACUCUCAUUGAGAUUUGGGAGGGGCUAACUGUAAAUGAUAUCAGAGACUGUACUGGCACAGAUUUUGAGGUAUCUCCAUCCUUGAAGCCAAUGCAGCAAAUAUGAAGAAUUACAGUUAGUGCAGUAUUUCCCACUGAUUCAAACAUGUUUAGUGACACAAGGACAAUAGAAGAUGGAUGGUGUGAACUGAAAUUUCUGUUGAAGCUGAGUUUGGCACUUUAAAGAGUGAUUGUAACCUAAUGAUGGACUGCCACACAAGCUUAUGAUGCACCAUAUAUCUCAUUUGUGGUCUUCCAGAUCUCAGUGGAAAGUAAGAUAUUAAGAUGAUUUUCAUCAUUUUAAAAGCUAUUUUUUUUAAUCAAAGAUAAGGGGAGAAAAUGGAACUUUGAAAAGUAGAGUAAUACUUUGUUGCUACAGGUUGUUCCAUAACUACCAUAAAUUCAAUAAAUCUUUAUAAAUCAAAAUAUGUUACGGGGCUGUUACAGUGAAAUAGUAUUACAUGAUAGUUAAAUUUAACCUGGAUUCAUAUUUUCAAUGAUUUAUAAUUGAACAAAUAAAGCUGAUGAAUGUG